GUAGGUGGGUUCUACGGACCCCGAAAACUCACGCACGUGGGCGCGUAUAUAGACAGACAUGGUAGUGUGAAUGGCCAUCAGUAGCGCACGCACACACCGAGGCAUUGAAGAUCGGAUCCUUACCAUUCUAGUCGAUCUAUCCUCUGUCUAGAGGACAGUACAUUGUUGUAGACAGCCGCUAUGGUCUCUCCCCAUGUACGCCUUCUGCAAGUGACUUGGCACCGCCCAUGCUGUCUGUGGCGUCUAGGCCGCCAGGGCGUUCAUGUCUUAGUGUAGUGCUUUGGAACAUAUGUAGUCAGCAGUCCCCGACCGCCAGAGGCGCCCAAGGUCUCAUAUUUCAUUUCAUUACUUCGACAUUGUUGGUCUUGUUCUCUCAUACUGUCUGUGCGAAGGGGGGGGAACAGUGCCGCCAAGAACGUCAAGCUGUCAAUCGAUGGGAACGUAGGCUUGCCUCCCCGUUGGAGUAGUCAGGAUCCGGCUUCCUCCUCACGAUGCUCCCCGCUACCGCCCUCCCCACCGAGUCGCCGUUGCCGCGACCGCCGCCGGGGCCGACGUACGUGACCGUUGAGCCAGUUGAGUUAUCAUUCAGACUGUUUGUUGCAAGCGUUAUCAUCGCAUUCCUCGUGCUGGUCACACUCGUGCUGCGUGUAGUAUCACGCUUCUGGAUUGCUUUGAAACUUGGCUGGGACGAUACAUUUGUUUUCGCUGCCUCGGUCUUCUCAUUUGGACAAACGGUCUUGUUUGCACUUUUGGUAUUUGGUGGCCUGGGACAUCACGCGCCAACGGUCCCUGCGCCAAAUCAGUUUUCGAUACCCAAGAUUCUCUUUAGCUUCGAGCUCUUUCACAUCAUUAGCUUGAACCUGGGCAAAAUCAGUGCUCUAUUCUUUUAUUUGAAGCUAUUCAGCCAAAAAUCCGUCGCUAAAAUAACGAAAUGGUGUUUACUCGCAGUGUCGUUGGGAACUAUUGGCUUGAUUCUAUGGCAGUUUCUGUUCUGCCGACCCCUUAGUAAAAUGUGGGAAUGGGACGGACUUGAAACUUGUGGUGACCGCCAACCAUUAUAUGUAGCCGUUUGCGUCUGGUCAAUCUUCACCGAUCUGCUGGUGCUAGUUGUGCCUUUACCUGUCAUCUGGAGAUUGAAGAUGGAACGUACUCAAAAGCUCCGACUUUCUUGGUUAUUUGCGGCAGGUUUAAGUGUGACAGCAGCCUCAGUGGUCCGUCUCGCGUAUAUCGUCACGAUCAACUAUCACAACGACUUCUCAUUUCACAGCGUUCCGUCUACGUUUCUCGCAUUCUUGGAACCUCCUUUGACAAUCAUCUGCGUCAGCCUUCCGAUGCUCUACUCAUUCCUCUCUAAAGUAUGGCCUGGCAGUAAAGGCCGCAAUGCCUCUACCCCUCACGGCGGACCACAUCGUUCGCACACCUACGCCUCAAGUUUCGCACGCCGCGUGGAUCCAGGAAAGCGUAAUUUCACCCCGCUAGAAACGACCAAAGCAGACCCGUUUGAAUUAAACGAUAUCCCUCACGGAACCGAGCGCCGGGUGCAGGUUUCAACUAAGAAUAGUCGAGGAGAUCGGAUGCUGGGGAAGAGUAUAGAUCGAGACAGUGAGUCGACUAGCGGCUCAGAGCAUGCGUUAGUUGAGCCCGUGCCAUACGAUACUAGUCAGCAAAUGGGUGGCAUAAUGGUCUCAAAGAACUUCACGGUCUCUGUCACGCAGCGGGAAUAAGAAUUAGCUAAAUGAUUGUAUAUAAAAGCGUUUGAAAUUGGGCAUAUUAGAUACCACUAGAUGUAUGAUAAGACUUGGCUCGCGUAGUAAUGAUAUAAUGUAUAUUUAACGCGAGAAUCUACGACAAUAUAUCGCACAUUUUAUAUGUGA